UCACGCAAUCAUACCCGAAUCACAUUCGGUGUGUACCCGUCUGUUAUCCGCAAUGAGUUCUGAAAGUGAAGGCAAGAAAAAUAGAUUCAAUUUUUCUGAAGGUCGGAAAGUAGUACACCCGCAAACAGCUCGACGACGAAAUAGUGAGCUAAAUAUUGUUUUAAAUGCAGAAAUCUUGAAGUUUACAAAUGAUGCUUCACGCUACAGAAUGGAUGAAGGGGGUAAAACUUCGGAAAACCCUGGGGAUCUGAGUACGAAUACUGAGAUUCAAAAUCAAUCACUCAUAUUGGAAAGUCCUUCACCUUCCUCUUGUUUACAAGAGGAAGUUGGAUUAACUGAGACAAGUCAAUUUCCAUUCACUUCGAAGGGAAAUGAAAAGACUAAACCAAUUACUAAUGCACCGCGGAUUACGGUUGACGUUAAUGUAUUUAUCGAUAGACAGCAGACAUUCCGCUCAGCCUUACAAUCAUUUUCAGAAUGA